CCGUGGCGCCGCCGGCUCCCGGCGCCCGCGGGCUCCGGGCGGAGCGUGGCGGCGGCCAGCGGCGCGGACGGGGCGGGCGUGGCGGGCGCCGAGCUCUUCUGCCUGGAGCUGCUGCGGAAACGGGACUAUGAAGGCUACCUGUGUUCGCUGCUGCUCCCGGCGCCUGCCAGGGCCUCGGCCGUCGCGCUGAGGGCCUUCAAUGUGGAGCUGGCUCAGGCUGGUGAAGGAUUCGGUGUCCGAGAAGACCAUUGGGCAGAUGCGCCUGCAGUUCUGGAAGGACGCCGUGGCAGGCAUGUACGGGGGAGGCAGCCCACCGCCGCAGCCCGUGGCCGUGGAGUUGUGGAAGGCCAUCAAAAGACAUAAACUGACGAAAAGGUGGCUUAUGAAAAUCAUCGAGGAAAGAGAAAAAAAUUUGGAUGACAAAGCCUACCGGAAUAUCCAGGAGCUGGAAAGUUACGCGGAAAACACCCAGAGCUCACUUCUUUAUUUAACGCUGGAAAUCCUGGGGGUGAAGGACGUCCACGCUGACCACGCGGCCAGUCACAUCGGGAAGGCCCAGGGCAUCGUCACCUGCCUGCGUGCCACGCCCUACCAUAGCCACCGGAGGCGGCCGCUGCUUCCUAUGGACAUCUGCGCGCUGCACGGGGCUUCCCAGGAGGAUUUUGUGCGGAAGAAGCGGGACCAGAAUGUGAGAGACGUGAUCUUCGAUAUCGCCAGCCAGGCCCACCUGCACCUCUCGCACGCGCGGUCCUUCCACCAGAGCGUUCCUGCACCGGCGUUUCCUGCCUUUCUUCAGACGGUGGCUCUUGAGGACUAUCUAAAGAAAAUCCAGAAAGUGGAUUUCGACAUCUUCCACCCGCUCCUGCAGCAGAGGAACACGCUGCUGCCCUUGUUUCUGUACCUGCAGUCCUGGCGGAAGAGAUACUGACAGGGU